AUGCCACGAUUGGUUUCAAAAAAUAUUAGAUACUCUGAAUUAAAUGAAAAGUCUACCAUCGGUCGUUCGUGGCGCUUUUACACUAUUGCACUUAUUAUUAGCGGGGUUUUGAUUCUAUUGGCACCCAAACUUAUAUGGAAGAAUCCUACUGUUCAACUUAUUGCAUGGAAAAAUCGUCUCGUUGGUUACAGUGAACAUAAAGCUGCAUUCAUUGAUUCUUCUGGUUAUUUGCGAUCGAUUUUAUCGCCCAACCUUCGAUGGUGUACUGCUAAUCCAUUUCUAAAACCCUAUAAUCAAAGUGUAGUACUUGCUUUAGAACUUAAAUGGGUUGCAUGGCAACGCAGUCAGCUACUCACUACAUACGAAAUUUUGAAAAACUAUGCACUUCAAAUCGGAGAUUGGGGUGGUGGCAUAGUUCAUCUUGCAUAUCCACCAUCAUUACCGUUGCCGUGUCCUUACAAAAAUAAUCUGACUCGUAUCGGUGGUAUUCAUGACGGUGAUACGUCAAAGUUGCAAAAAUUUAUGUAUCCUUACAAUACUCAAAAAGAAAAUAUCAUAUUCAACAAUGAAUCACUUUUCAAACGUUUUGACACAAUAUUGACCGAAAAUAAACACGACGAAGUUCACAUUCUUAAGAUGGAUAUCGAAGGAGGAGAAUAUUCGGUAUUCUCUGACUUACUCUGCCAAACGAAUAAAACUAGUCUACCAUAUCAAAUAUCUUUCGAGUCACAUUGGUGGAAUCGUGAUAUAUACCAUGCGAUACUGCAUCAGAAAAUGUUUGCUCAAUUCUGGACAGCUGGUUAUAGAAUUCUACAACAUGAAUACAAUCCGGGUGACCAUACCUGUGUAGAAUGGACAUUAAUGAGAGUUUUCUGCUAA